GUGAGCUGUGCUGAUGGAAGCUGAUAGGCAGGGCUGGAGUGUUAGCACCAGUACUGGAUGUGACAGCAGGCAGAGGAGCACUUAGCAGCUUAUUCAGUGUCGAUUCGGAUUCCGGCAAGGAUCCAAGCAUGGAAUGCUGCCGUCGGGCAACUCCUGGCAUACCGCUCUUCUUUCUGACUUUCCUGCUCCUGAGUUCCAGGACAGCACGCUCUGAGGAGGAACGGGAUGGCCUAUGGGAUGCUUGGGGUCCAUGGAGUGAAUGUUCACGGACCUGUGGAGGAGGAGCUUCAUACUCCCUGAGACGCUGCCUUAGUAGCAAGAGUUGUGAAGGAAGAAAUAUCAGAUAUAGAACCUGCAGUAAUGUGGACUGUCCACCAGAAGCAGGUGAUUUCAGAGCCCAGCAAUGCUUAGCUCAUAAUGAUGUUAAGCAUCAUGGCCAGUUUUAUGAGUGGCUUCCUGUGUCCAAUGAUCCUGAUAAUCCAUGUUCUCUCAAAUGCCAGGCCAAAGGAACUGCCUUGGUUGUUGAAUUAGCACCAAAAGUCCUAGAUGGUACACGUUGCUACACAGAAUCAUUGGAUAUGUGCAUCAGUGGUUUAUGCCAAAUUGUUGGUUGUGAUCACCAGCUGGGAAGCACGGCCAAAGAAGAUAACUGUGGAGUCUGCAGUGGAGAUGGGUCUACCUGUAGGCUGGUCCGAGGGCAGUAUAAAUCCCAAUUCUCUGCAAUCAAAUUGGAUGACACUGUGGUGGCUAUUCCCUAUGGAAGUAGGCACGUUCGCCUUGUCUUAAAAGGUCCAGAUCACUUGUAUCUGGAAACAAAAACCCUCCAGGGGACUAAGGAUGAAAACAGUCUUGGUUCCACGGGCACCUUUCUUGUGGACAAUUCUAGUGUGGAGUUCCAGAAAUUUCCAGAGAAAGAGAUACUAAGAAUGACUGGACCACUCACAGCAGAUUUCAUUGUCAAGAUUCACAAUUUGGGGCCUGCUGACAGUACAGUCCAAUUUAUCUUCUAUCAGCCCAUCAUCCACCGAUGGAGGGAAACAGAUUUCUUUCCUUGCUCAGCAACCUGUGGAGGAGGUUACCAGCUGACAUCGGCUGAGUGUUAUGACCUUCGGAGUAACCGAGUGGUUGCUGAUCAGUAUUGUCACUAUUACCCAGAGAACAUCAAACCCAAACCCAAGCUUCAGGAGUGCAACUUGGAUCCCUGCCCAGCCAGGUGGGAGGCCACCCCGUGGACAGCGUGCUCCUCCUCGUGUGGGGGGGGCAUCCAGAGCCGGGCAGUUUCCUGUGUGGAGGAGGACAUCCAGGGGCAUGUCACCUCAGUGGAAGAGUGGAAAUGCAUGUACACCCCUAAGAUGCCCACCGUUCGGCCCUGCAACAUUUUUGACUGCCCUAAAUGGCUGGCACAGGAGUGGUCUCCGUGCACAGUGACCUGUGGCCAGGGUCUCCGGUACCGUGUGGUUCUCUGCGUUGAUUACAGGGGAAUGCACACUGGAGGCUGUAGUUCAAAAACGAAGCCCCACAUCAAAGAGGAAUGCAUCAUACCUACUCCAUGCUAUAAACCCAAAGAAAAACUUCCAGUAGAGGCCAAACUCCCAUGGUAUAAACAAGCUCAAGAGCUAGAAGAAGGAGCUGCUGUGUCAGAAGAGCCCUCGUUCAUCCCAGAGACCUGGUCGGCCUGCACAGUUACCUGUGGUAUGGGGACCCAGGUGAGAAUGGUCAGAUGCCAGGUGCUCCUGGCCUUCUCCCAGUCUGUGGCUGACCUGCCUGUUGAUGAAUGUGAAGGGCCCAUGCCAGCAUCCCAGCGUGCUUGUUAUGCAGGACCAUGCAAUGGGGAAGUUCCUGAGUUUCACCCAGAAGAUACUGAUGGCCUCUUUGGUGGCCUACAAGAUUUUGAUGAGCUCUAUGAUUGGGAGUAUGAGGGCUUCACCAAGUGCUCCGAGUCAUGCGGAGGAGGUGUCCAGGAGGCUGUGGUGAGCUGCCUGAACAAACAGACACGGGAGCCUGCUGAUGAGAACCUGUGCGUGACCAGCCGCCGGCCCCCACAGCUCCUCAAAUCUUGCAGUUUGGAUCCCUGCCCAGCAAGGUGGGAAAUUGGAAAGUGGAGUCAAUGCAGUCUCACAUGUGGUGUUGGUCUGCAGACAAGAGAUGUCUUCUGCUCCCAUCUAAUCUCAAGAGAGAUGAAUGAAACUGUAAUCCUGGCUGAUGAGCUAUGUCGCCAGCCCAAGCCCAGCACGGUGCAAGCUUGUAACCGUUUCAACUGCCCCCCAGACUGGUACCCUGGGCAAUGGCAUCAGUGUUCCAGAACCUGUGGUGGGGGCAUUCAAAAGCGUGAAGUUCUUUGCAAACAACGCAUGGCUGAUGGCAGCUUUCUGGAACUUCCUGAGACCUUCUGUUCAUCCUCAAAACUGACCUCCCAGCAAACAUGCAAAAAGGAUGAUUGUCCCAGUGAGUGGAUUCUCUCCGACUGGUCAGAGUGUUCCACAAGUUGCGGAGAGGGCACCCAGACUAGAAGUGCUGUUUGUCAGAAGGUGCUGAAAACUGGAGUCUCAGCUAUUGUCAAUUCCUCCUUGUGCCCUCCCCUGCCUUUCUCUUCAUCCAUCAGGCCUUGUAUGCUGGCAACCUGUGCACGGCCAGGUCGUCCAUCCACAAAGCACAACCCCCACAUUGCUGCGGUGAGGAGGGUCUAUAUUCAAACACGAAGGCAGAGGAAGCUACACUUCGUUGUGGGGGGCUUCGCAUACCUGCUCCCCAAGACUUCGGUGGUGCUGCGCUGUCCCACCAGGCGCUUCCGCAAGCCUCUCAUCACCUGGGAAAAAGAUGGCCAACACCUCAUUAGUUCUGCCCAUGUCACUGUGGCCCCUUUCGGCUACCUGAAGAUCCACCGCCUCAAGCCUUCAGAUGCAGGUAUUUACACCUGCUCUGCGGGGCCAGCCAGGGAGCAGUUUGUGAUCAAGCUCAUUAGCGGCCACCGCAAGCUGGUGGCCCGGCCUGUGAGCCCUCAGAGAGAGGAGGAGACCCUAGCGGUGAGAAAGGGGUCCCCAAAGGAAGCCCUGCAGCCACACAAGCACCAGAAUGCAAUUUUCUCCAAUGGCAGCAAGCCUGAGAAGCGUGGCCUUGCAGCAGAUCCUGGGAAUCGCUACGAUGACCUGGUUUCCAAGUUGCUGGAGCAGGGCGGCUGGCCCAGGGAGCUCCUGGCCUCGUGGGAGAUGCAGGACUCCACAGAAAGGAACGCGUCCUCGGAGGAGGACCAGAACACAGAGCAGGCCCAGCUGCAUCUGCCCUUCACCUUGGUGACCGAGCAGAAACGUCUGGAUGAUAUCCUCCGCAAUCUGUCGCAGCAGCCCGAGGAAUUGCGUGACGUCUACAGCAAGCACCUGGUGGCCCAACUGGCCCAGGAUAUCUUCCGCGGCCACCUGGAGCAAGAGGACUUGUUCCUGAAGCCUUCUGAGCGGCGCGGGCCGCCAGUGUCGGUCCCUCCUCAUAAGCUCGUGUCGGGCUUCAGCAGCGCCCUGCGCACUUUGGCUGCAGGAGAGGCUGCCGGCCACGCGCGGAGACCCCAGCGCAAACCCACCAUCCUGCGCAAGAUCUCGGCAGCCCAGCAGCUCUCGGCCUCGGAGGUGGUCACCCACCUCGGGCAGACUGUAGCCCUGGCCAGCGGCACCCUGAGUGUGCUUCUGCACUGCGAGGCCAUUGGCAACCCCAGGCCGACCAUCACCUGGGCCAGGAACGGAGAAGCGGUUCAGUUCAACAACAGGAUUCUUCUACAGCCAGAUGAUUCCUUACAGAUCCUGGCACCAGUGGAAGCUGAUGUGGGUUUCUACACUUGUAAUGCCACAAAUGCCUUGGGAUAUGAUUCUGUCUCCAUUGCCGUCACAUUAGCAGGAAAGCCACUAGUAAAAACCUCACAGAUGACUGUGAUCAACACUAAAGAGCCUGAAAUCACAGUUGAUGUGGGAAGCACCAUCAAAACUAUUCGGGGAGUUAACGUGACAAUUAACUGCCAAGUUGCAGGUGUACCUGAAGCUGAAGUCACUUGGUUCAGGAACAAAAGCAAACUGGGCUCUCCUUUCCGUCUGCCUGAGGGCUCCUUGCUGCUUACAGAUGUGUCCUCCUCCCAUCAGGGCUUGUACACUUGCAAGGCUGCCAAUAUGCACGGAGAGUUGAUUGAGAACACCCAGCUACUGAUACUCGAUCCCCCAGAAAUCCCCACACAGUUGGAAGACAUCAAGGCCUUACUUUCAGCCACUGGACCGAACCUUCCUUCAGUACUGACAUCUCCCCUGGGAACACAGCUGGUCCUAGAUCCUGGGAAUUCUGCUCUCCUUGGCUGUCCCAUCAAAGGUCAUCCAACUCCCAAUAUCACCUGGUUCUAUAGUGGUCAGCCAGUUGCCAAUGUGACAGGACUGGGGCACCAUAUUUUGGCAGCUGGACAGAUUCUCCGUGUUGCAAAUCUCAGUGAUGUGUCUCAAGGGGAAUUCAGUUGCCUUGCUCAGAAUGAAGCAGGAAUCCUGGUACAGAAAGCUUCUUUAGUGGUCCAAGAUUACUGGUGGUCUGUGGACAAACUGGUGACCUGCUCAGCCUCCUGUGGGAAUCGAGGUAUUCAACAGCCCCGCCUGAAAUGCCUGCUAAACAGCACAGAAGUGAACCCCACUCACUGUGCGGGAAAGGUUCGCCCUACUGUAAAACCAGUUGCCUGCAACCGGAGAGACUGUCCUUCUCGGUGGAUGGUGACCUCAUGGUCUGCCUGUACCCGGAGCUGUGGUGGAGGCGUCCAGACACGCCGAGUGACAUGCCAGAAGCUGAAAGCCUCUGGAAUCUCCGUUCCUGUGCCCAAUGAUAUGUGCACCCAGCUCUCCAAGAGGCCAGUAGACACCCAGGCCUGUAAUCAGCAGCUUUGUGUGGAGUGGGCCUUCUCCAACUGGGGCCAGUGCAGUGGACCAUGCAUUGGGCCUCACCUAGCUGUGCAACACAGGCAAGUCUUCUGCCAGACACGAGACGGCAUCACCUUACCAUCAGAAAAGUGCAGUGCCCUUCCAAGGCCUGUGAGCACCCAGAACUGCUGGUCAGAGGCCUGCAGCGUACACUGGAGAGUGAGUCUGUGGACCCUAUGCACGGCAACAUGUGGCAACUACGGCUUCCAGUCCCGGCGUGUGGAGUGUGUGCACGCCCGCACCAACAAGGCGGUGCCAGAGCACCUGUGCUCCUGGGGGCCCCGGCCUGCCAACUGGCAACGCUGCAACAUCACCCCAUGUGAAAACAUGGAGUGCAGAGACACCACCAGGUACUGCGAGAAGGUGAAACAGCUGAAACUCUGCCAACUCAGCCAGUUCAAAUCUCGCUGCUGUGGAACUUGUGGCAAAGCGUGAAGACAGGGCCCGGGGAGGAACGCUCCCCCAGGCCACACCGAGGACUCACGCACCUGCCUUGGACAGAACUUAAACUUUCUUUGUUUUAUUUAUUUAUUUUUCCCUCCCCACCCGCAUGCCCUCACUCCCAUCUUCCCCUCCCUACCCCUAGCCAGGAGCAUGUCUUCUCUUUCAGGGAGCUGGAGGGCAGAAUGUUG